CCAGCGGAUCUUAAACCCAGCUUGCGAAAUGGAAUUGCCUUAUUGCCCCAUUUAUCAAUUAUUUAGUUGUCUUUCUUUUUGCUUUUAAUUUUGACUUCCUGGGCAUCUUCUCAUCCUGGUGUUCCAUCCUCCUCCUCCUCAUAAUCAUAUUCACAAUCUUUCCCCCCCUUCUCUCUCUCUGUCUCUCCAUCAUCUCGCGCCUGGUUGCUGUUCGGUUCCGGGCGGAUCCGGUGCAGUCGCGCGACUAACGGCAGCGCUUAAUGGGUCGCGGGAAAUGGCCCCGUUCCGGCCUGUGAUUUGGCCUGAGUCGGACUACCGGGGGGAAAACUGAGAUGGGUUUCGCGGCGGUUUCGGCCACAGCGGAGCCUCGGCGCUCAUGGAGCCGCGCUGCCAGAGACUGGCUGUGGGUCGCUGUGGUCUCUUUCCUCGCUACUUUUCCCGUGCAGCGCCUCCGCGCUUUCCCAUCUUCCCUCAGCGACUGCCAGACGCCCACCGGGUGGAACUGCUCGGGUGAUGAUGACCGAGACACAGAUCUCUUCCUUUGUGACACCAACACUUGCAAGUUUGAUGGCGAGUGUCUCAGAAUCGGGGACAUAAUAACCUGCAUCUGUGACUUCAAGUGUAACAACGACUAUGCCCCAGUGUGUGGCUCCAAUAACAAGUUCUACAAUAACGAGUGUUUGCUCCGGAGGGAUGCUUGCAAACAGCAGACCGAGAUCCUGGUGGUGUCAGAGGGACCCUGUCCUAUCGAGGUUGGAUCUGGAUCUGGGGAUGAAGCAGGGAAUGAGGGCUCAGCUGAGAAUGGACAGAAGGAGACUUCAACCUGCGAUAUCUGCCAGUUCGGGGCAGAGUGUGACGUGGAUGCAGAGGAUGUAUGGUGUGUGUGUAACAUCGACUGUUCCCACAUAAGCUUCAACCCGGUGUGCGCAUCAGACGGCCGCUCGUACGACAACCCGUGCCAAGUCAAAGAAGCCUCGUGUCAAAGGCAGGAGCGCAUCGAAGUCAAGUUCCUGGGUCACUGUCAAGGUGACAUGAUAACAGGAAACAAACCCGAGGAUGGACACUACGCUAGAGCCGACUUGCCAGAGGAGAAGCCCGAAGUGUCGGAGGUGGCACGUGGAAUUUACAUCCCUUGUCCAGAGCACUACAAGAACUACUGCGUACACGGAGACUGUGAAUACCCCAACAUGCUCUCCACACCAUCCUGCAGUUGUCACUCAGGAUUCAGCGGCCCACAGUGUGACACCAAGGAAUACAACGUGCUGUAUGUGGUCCCGGGUUCCGGAAAAGUCCGUUACGUCCUCAUUGCCUCCAUCAUCGGAGCCCUGCAGGUGGCUAUCAUCUGUGUGGUGGUGCUGUGUAUCACCCGGAAGUGCCCACGGACUAACCGUAUCAACCGUCAAAAACAAAACGUCACGCACUACAACUCUGAGAACACCCUGCGCGCCUCCACCCGCCUCAUCUAAGUGUUGGGAGAAGCCUCACAAUCGUGGAUAUGUAGUAGCAAAAGAUUAAAUAUACAAAACAGCUAUUCCCUCCUGCCUUCUGGUGCAACAAGAUGGACCAUACCGGACCGUACUACUAGACAGAGGGGAGGGGGUGAUGGUGGGGUUGUAGGUGAGGCAAAGGUGGGGUGACACGCGGUGCCUUCUACCUGUGGCACAGGACACAAACUGAGAGGAUCUUAGGACAUUACGUUAGGACAAGUCCUACUAUUUGGUUAUGUAUGGGUAAUAUUUCCACUAGUUUCUUUGUUUUGUCUUGGUGGGGUCUUUUUCUGUAAAUGUAAAUAAAUAAUUUAUAUCACAAAACAGAUAACAGCAUGCAACUGUAUUUUUAUGGUGGGUGCCAAUUUGGCAAGAAUAGGGGUUCUUAACUUUUUUUUAUAGACAACACUACAUCUGUGGUUUAAUGUAAAUUUUAGAUGAAUGAUUUUGCUAUGGACACCCUCUCACAUCUUGAUAUGCGUUAUAUGUUACACCUGUUCUGACCACUAGGGGGUAGAUUUGUGCAAAAUAAUGUAACUUCUUGUGCCUUAGAUCAGAGCUUAUCAGAACUGACCCAUUAAAUGCAAUUACAGUUGUAACAUCAUAAUCGACAUUGGUAAUCUUGCAAAAAAAAAAAAACUGCAUACACAAUGAGCUGUCACACCUCACACUGAGCUGUCCAACCCAAACUUCACCAAUUUUACCCAUUGCAUAUGUGAAUAUCACUCAACAUAGCUGACACACUGAUUUACAUACUGAUUCACAAACUGAUUCACAUAUUCUGCCAACAGUGAAGAGGGAAAAAAUUAUAAUUAACUAAUGCAAUUUGUAGCUGAUAUUUUAUAGUAAGAAUGACCUUACCCUGGACUAUCCUUCCAAGACCUAAUCUGGGGGGGGGGGGUCUGUUAAUGUCAAACAAUGGAUAGAAGCUUUCAGACCAGUACUGGAUAUACUCUCGGUCUGUAGACCAACAAUAUAUAAUCAAGUCAUGUAUGUUGUAAAACCGGCACUAACAGACAUUUUUAUAUCUAUAUUUAUACAUCUAUAUCUAAUUCUUGACAGUUUUGGUCCAGACACUCUAAUUAAAACAAUGCAUAAUUGUACUAUUAAAAACGUUCGUCACUCUGAAGCUGUCCUUAUAUUAACCAAACACACUGAAAUAAAGUUUUGAAAUUA